UGCUGGUCUAAUCACAGUUCGCACAUAUCUGUAAGGUUACGCUCAGAAACGUGUGCAACAACCAUUAUUGCACAGAGGGUCACAACACUGAAAGACGUUGUAGUUCAUCUCUCUAUAAUCAGGAAAAAAUGAAGUUUUCCGUUGCUUUGAUCAUAAUUUCUGCAGCUUUCGCUGUAUCGUUAGAGACCCAAAAAGGGAUUUUAGUUGAAGAACUGACGGAAAAUACCUUCGAUAAUUAUCUUACGGUUUCAAACCUUGCAAUCGUGGAUUUCUUUGCACCGUGGUGUCCUCACUGCAAAUCGUUUGCGCCUGAAUACGAACAAGCUGCAUCAAAGGCACAAGCCGAAAAGUUGAAUGCUUUUUUCGCAAAGGUGGACUGUGCAGGAAGCGGUAAAAGCCUCUGCAGUAAAUUGGACAUUAAGUUUCUGCCUACGGUCAGACUGUUCAGAGAUGGUAAACCACUUGGAGAUUACUCAGGAGAGAGAAGUGCAGAUGCCGUCCUAGAGUUUCUGCAGAAAGCAAUAAAAGCACCAAAUGACAUGAAAUUGACGAUGUCUGAUGACGUCAGCGGGACACCACCUGACGUCACACCUUGGCACGCGGAUGACAAGAAAAGCCAUUGAAAAUAAACAACAAUAUAUUCUUAUUUAUUUACAAUCUUGAGCGGAGCUUAAGUGAAAAGUGCUGAAAUCAUUUAAAAGCGAGUGGCAACUCGCAUGCAAAGUAAAGAGAUACUGGCUUCGAGCGUGGAAGAGAGAAGCUAGCUUUCUCUUUGAGCAUAAAGUCGGCGUGGCGAGCGGGCACUGUAAAGAAGAGACACGAUCGCGAGAACACUGCCAUUGCACUAACCUUGAAAUUAAAAUUACAGUUAUCGUC